GUUCUUUUUAUUGUGCGGAGCCUCUUACACAUACGGAGUACAUUACACAACUCACGUUUUGACUAACCAUCGAACGAACCCAGCACUAAUUCCGAGACGAAUCGAUUUUGUUUGAUUCUGAUUAUAGUGAUUCUAUGUCUGCUAUCAAAAUCUCACUACAAAUGCUUUGAAGUGUUUGGUUGACCAAUUAGAAAAAAGAAUUUUACAAAUUGACCAAUCAAAAGUGCUUUAAAGUUUUUGUAGCAUCGCGUUGACCAUAUCCUAUGUCAUGUAACCCAGCAGAACCCUCUGGUAAUUGAUUUGAUUCUACAAUAAAUUGCACCAAAUCUGUUCCAGGAAGAUCAAUUUGUGGUUAAGUUGAUGAAAAUUUAAUGAGAUUCCAAUAAUCUUUUAUAAAACAUAAUUUCGUAUAAAUUACAAAACAUCUGAGAAAAAUGGUGAAUGAUUUAAAACUAGAGUGCUCCUUUUCUUCUUGGUAUCCAAUAUUCAAGAAAGAUUCCUUAGAGGCUAGAAUUCUUCAUAUUCCCGAUGAGGUUUUAAAAUAUUUGGAGCAUGAUACAUUUGUAUUGCCUCUUGAGGCAGCGAAAUCUUUACCGAAGGAUUCUGAAUGGGCUGACGGAUCACCAGUAACAUGCGAAGAAGAAGAAACGGAUUAUCAACCGACAUUCCCUGAAUUUAGUCAACAAAUACAGGAAAUAUUAGAUGAAUACGAUGCAGUAUUUGUCAAAACAAAUUGGAGUACACCUGCGGAUGCUAUGUGGGUUGCGCCCACAAAAACUCUCAAAUGUAACACGCUAGAAGAGAUCUAUUUGUUAUUGAAAAGCUCUGAUAGGAUUGCCAAAGAUCUGAACAUCGUAAAAUCUUCAAAGGACUGCGAAAAGCCUUUGCCAUUCUGUCUAGUGUUGAAACAAUGGCGGGAUAUUAAUCCUUGCACAGAAUUUCGCUGCUUUGUUAUAGAUAACGAACUCAUUGCUAUAAGUCAGAGAGAUAUAUCGCAGUACCAUAGUUCCAACGAGUCACAAAAAUAUGACAUACAGACGGAUAUCAAGAGCUUGUUUUUAGAGCGCAUCAAAGGCAGAUUUCCAUUGCGUAAUUAUUCCUUCGAUGUUAUACGAUAUAAGAAAGAUAAAGUAAAAAUAAUAGAUUUUGGUGCAAUGGAUGUAGCAUCUACGAAGGAAACACUUUUCACGUAUGACGAAUUGCUAAAUCAUAUUGAAAACACGCCAGAAUUCCGUUUUAUUGGGGAGGAAAUAGGUAUUCAGCCAAAGCCGCCAAUGCAAUUUUGUAUUCCGCAAGAGAUCAGCGAGUUUUUCCAAUCAAGAGAUAAUGUGACGUUGCUGGACCUUAUUCAGAGAGAAGUGGAAAGUCAACGGAAAGAGCAUGAAAAAGAAAAUGCUAACGUUUCAGAAAGUACUUGAUGUAUAUAUAACGUAUAAAUAAAUAUUUUCCUUAUAUAUAAACAUCAGCUGUAACUCUUUUACUCACAUGUAUAAGGGAUACAAAACUUAAGAGAGCCUGUUUAAAUCCUACAUUUUGAGAUCAUUCGAUUACAUCUCAGUGCCAAAAGGAAUAAUCGAACUUGUUCAAUUAUUUCGCUCCUUCUAAGUUAUCAAAUUCUGUUGGUUUCUUCAUUCCGGGUUCGAUAGACGUUACAAGAAAUUCAGAAUUACCUGCAUGCAAUACAGAUCAUAUCAUGAUCUGUCGAUUGAGUUGAAGCCGAUAAUUUUUGUAGUGUGUCAUGAUACAAUCUGAAGCUUUCGAUUUAUGUAAAUGUAUAUAAGUAAAUGUAAUUAAAUGCUCUUGAUCACCAAAUCGCUCCUGUAUUUUGGGAUGCGACGCAUCUGCGUGUCUAUGUGUAUAUGUGAAUGAAUGUACACCGACAGGAUAUUUAAAUACAGAACUUUCACUUUUAUUCUGCCAGACUCUCUUUUUCUAUCAUUACAUUACAUAAAACGAUUAAAGGCUAUCCUACCGCUUGAAAGAAUUAUCAUAAUAUUGCAGUAUUUUUCGAGCCAUCGGCCUUUUUACCGAGCGACGUCCCUUAUAUAGAAAAUAUGUCUUGUUUAUGUACAAUAUGCAAUCCUUAAUACUUCAGUUUUGAAAAAGGAUCCCCGAUAUAUGUACCUCCGGACAA